AUGAAUAAAUCAAGUGGAAAGUAUAUUAAACUGAAUCUAUUCUCUAAAUUGAAAACCAUUAUGAAACGCAAACCAUAACCAGAUGUUGAUAUUACUAUCAGAACUGAAUGGAGUUAAAUGAUCGGUAAUGUACUCAAUGCAAGAGUUAGCUGACAAUUCAAGAAUUGAAUCUCGCAAACAUUAUCAAUAAAGAAAGAGACUAUACUACAUAGCAACUGUGAACUCAGUCUUUAUGCGAAACUAGUAUUUCAUACAGAACCUCCCUGAAUAAGAGGAAUAAUUUAUUUAAUAAGAACAACCACCUAAUUAAAGUGAAGAAUCUAAAAUGAUUGAAACUGUCUAAAAUCUAGAUGCUAUUAAAAAAAUUGUUAAGGUAAGAUUACCUACAGACUUUGUUUUAGUCAUUUGGAACAUUUAUAUUAUGAUAUUAAUAUUUAGUCAAAUGCUAUUGGUCCCUUUAGUAUUAUCAUUUGAUAUUGAUAAUCUUGGAAUCACUAUUUAUGAUUGGAUUGUCAAUGGCAGUUUCUAUUUUGACAUUCUUAUUUAAUUCAACACAGCAAUAUACCUUCAUGGAAAUCUCGUUUAAGAUCGAAUUGUCAUUGUGAAGGAAUAUUUGAAAUUAUGGUUUUGGAUAGAUAUAAUUAGUUCAUUUCCCUAUGAUAUAAUUUUCGAUUCACCUGAAAUGUAAACAAAAGCUUAAGUAAUAAAAUUAUUAAGAUUUAUAAAAUUUAUAAAAGUAAUUCGUUUAUUGAGAGCACUUAAAUUAAAGAAAAUAUUUGGGAGAAUAGAAGAAUAUAUUAGUGUGAUGGAAUCAUUAUUUUAAUUUACAUAAAUGUUGAAAUUAAUAAUAUUAAUUCUUUGCAUAGCUCAUUGGUGUGCUUGUUUAUGGAAUUUAUUUAUAGAUGGAGGAGAUUAAAAUUGGGCUGCUUAAUAUAAAAUAUAAGAUAGUGAUUGGACAGUGAAAUAUAUGACAUCUAUAUAUUAUAGUAUGACAACAAUGAUAACAGUUGGAUAUGGUGAUGUUCAUGCUUAUUAAUACUAAGAGAUGAUAUAUGCAAUAUUUUUAAUGUUAUUGGCAUCAGCUGUAUUUGGUUAUACAACAAAUAUAGUAAUGGAAUUAUUUAGUAAUCAAUAUGAUAAAUUUAUUGAAAGAGAAUAGAAUAUUAAAAGUUAUUUAAAAAGAAAGAAAAUAGAUGUAUCAUUAACAUCUAGAGUUACUAGUUAUUUAGAAUGGUUAUAGAUUUCAUAUGCUAAAUCUUAAUAACAUGAAUCUACUGUUAUAGAUAGUUUAUCGGCUAAUUUAAAAAGUGAAGUUAUAUGUUUAAUUAAUAGUAAAAUNUAUCAGAACUGAAUGGAGUUAAAUGAUCGGUAAUGUACUCAAUGCAAGAGUUAGCUGACAAUUCAAGAAUUGAAUCUCGCAAACAUUAUCAAUAAAGAAAGAGACUAUACUACAUAGCAACUGUGAACUCAGUCUUUAUGCGAAACUAGUAUUUCAUACAGAACCUCCCUGAAUAAGAGGAAUAAUUUAUUUAAUAAGAACAACCACCUAAUUAAAGUGAAGAAUCUAAAAUGAUUGAAACUGUCUAAAAUCUAGAUGCUAUUAAAAAAAUUGUUAAGGUAAGAUUACCUACAGACUUUGUUUUAGUCAUUUGGAACAUUUAUAUUAUGAUAUUAAUAUUUAGUCAAAUGCUAUUGGUCCCUUUAGUAUUAUCAUUUGAUAUUGAUAAUCUUGGAAUCACUAUUUAUGAUUGGAUUGUCAAUGGCAGUUUCUAUUUUGACAUUCUUAUUUAAUUCAACACAGCAAUAUACCUUCAUGGAAAUCUCGUUUAAGAUCGAAUUGUCAUUGUGAAGGAAUAUUUGAAAUUAUGGUUUUGGAUAGAUAUAAUUAGUUCAUUUCCCUAUGAUAUAAUUUUCGAUUCACCUGAAAUGUAAACAAAAGCUUAAGUAAUAAAAUUAUUAAGAUUUAUAAAAUUUAUAAAAGUAAUUCGUUUAUUGAGAGCACUUAAAUUAAAGAAAAUAUUUGGGAGAAUAGAAGAAUAUAUUAGUGUGAUGGAAUCAUUAUUUUAAUUUACAUAAAUGUUGAAAUUAAUAAUAUUAAUUCUUUGCAUAGCUCAUUGGUGUGCUUGUUUAUGGAAUUUAUUUAUAGAUGGAGGAGAUUAAAAUUGGGCUGCUUAAUAUAAAAUAUAAGAUAGUGAUUGGACAGUGAAAUAUAUGACAUCUAUAUAUUAUAGUAUGACAACAAUGAUAACAGUUGGAUAUGGUGAUGUUCAUGCUUAUUAAUACUAAGAGAUGAUAUAUGCAAUAUUUUUAAUGUUAUUGGCAUCAGCUGUAUUUGGUUAUACAACAAAUAUAGUAAUGGAAUUAUUUAGUAAUCAAUAUGAUAAAUUUAUUGAAAGAGAAUAGAAUAUUAAAAGUUAUUUAAAAAGAAAGAAAAUAGAUGUAUCAUUAACAUCUAGAGUUACUAGUUAUUUAGAAUGGUUAUAGAUUUCAUAUGCUAAAUCUUAAUAACAUGAAUCUACUGUUAUAGAUAGUUUAUCGGCUAAUUUAAAAAGUGAAGUUAUAUGUUUAAUUAAUAGUAAAAUAAUUGAAAAAAUACCAUUUUUUGAAACAUUCUCAAAAGAUCUAUUAAGUAAUAUUGCAUAUAGAUUAUAAGAGAAGGUAUUUGGACCUGAAGAAAUUAUAUUUGAAUAAGGAUAAUUAGGAGAUGAAAUGUAUUGUAUAGUAAAUGGUUCUAUUUAAGUCAAGUAUCUAUAAACUAAAAUCACUAAUCUUGGAAAAGAUGAAAUCUUUGGAGAAUUAUGUCUAUUCUCAGAAUAAACUAGGAGUGCAACUAUUAUAACUGAAGAUUUUGUUAAUUUAUUAGUGUUAAAAAAAGAACCAUUCCUUAUGAUCAUUAGAUAAUUAUAAAAUGAUCUUGAAAAAUAUCAUCAAAUUAAAUAUUAUCUUGAAAUUGAAUAAGAUUAUUCUGUACUUGAUAUUAGAUGUUAUAUUUGUUAAGAAUUUCAUUUAGCUUUAUAUUGUCCUAUGGCACAUCUUAUUAUUAAUAAAUAAGCUUUAUUUUUAAAACCUAAUCAAUAAUUAUGUACUAAACCUAGAUAUAAAAUUAAACAUAAACAUUCUUAUAAAUAUUUAAGAGAUUAAACACAUUUAAGAGCAUUGAAGAAGUUACAUUAAAAAUUAAUGAAAUUACAUUUGUUAGGUAGAUAAAGUAUGUUAUUAAAACCAUAAUAAUAAAAAAUAGAUAAUAAUUUUAUAGAUUCAGAACAUUUUGAUAUUGAUUAAGUUAAAUAAUUUGAAUAUUAUGUUACUAAAGGAAAUGUAGACGAAAUCAUAUUAAGUAUAAAUCUCAAUGCAGAUAUUAAAUUGAAAUCAAUAUAAUAGGAAAAGGAAAGCAGAGUUUAAUAAAAAAAAAUGUAAUUAUCUAGAGUUAGAAAAGCUAUUCUACUGAAUCCAUUUGUUUCUUCGAUUAAAUAAAAGAAUGAUCCAUCUACUAUUUUUUCAUUAUAAAUUCCAUCGUAAUAAAUUCAAUGUUCUCCAUCUCCACUUUAAACUAAAAGAAAUAGAAUGAAUUAAGUUAAAAAUAUGAGAUAACAUUCAUAAUCUUAAUUAAUGAAAGCAUUAUCAAGAUAAGAUUAAAAAGAUUAAUAUCAUAAAAGUCAAUUUGUACCUAGAGAUAAUAAUGAUGAGGCUGAAAUUGAUAUUGAAGAAAGUAUAUAAAAAUUAAGAUCUAUAAGAAUUAAUAAUUUCCCAUAAGAAUAAUUAAUCAAACCUAAACGAACAUCAUCAUUUAAAUAAAGAAAAACCAGAAAAUUGAGUUUAUAAGAAAAGAGGAUACUAACAAUUAUUAAAUAAGCUGAAUUAGGUUUGAAAAAUUGUGUGAUGAAUUAUGUUUGA